CUUUUUCUUUACCUUAUUUUAUUUUUAUUUACAUAUAUUUAAAUGUCUUCAAGACAAUCUACAGUAGCAUUACAACAUGAUGACUCUUUAUCAGAGAAUGAUUCCAAAGCUGUAGCAGGUAUUACAAGCAGACAGAAAAAAAUUCGUAUACGUUUGCAUAAAGUGCAGCAAACAAAAAAUGAUGGGCGUUGGGUUGACAAAAUGAGAAAACCAUCAUCAAUCAUACAGUUAGAGCAAACACUACACGAUGGCGUAGUUCUAGCUAAAUUGGCACGUAGAAUUCAACCUUCCUCCAUUACCAGUAUUAUAUCAGGCGAUGCCAAAUUCAAAUUUUUACGCUCCAACAAUAUCAAUGCAUUUUUGUCUGUUAUACAGCAAGUUGCAACGCAAAGAAAUUUGGAGAAAUCAGGUGUACCUAUGCCCAACUUUAAUAAUCUUGGUGCAUCUUUACAAAACGAAUUGGAUGGUGGUAAAAAGAAAACCUUUCUUUUUCGACCCAUCGAAGAACCACUAAUAGACGAUGAAGAUUUGAUGCCAAAAAUGAGACAAAUUAGAAGACAUACACCUGAUUUAAUAGUGGCUGAUUUAUAUGAUUCGGACACAGAGUCAAAAACAUCCGCAAGUGAUGAUCAUGAUACCUCUUCGGGUAUUACAACAAUGCAAAGGUUACAAUUUUUAGAUGCUUCUGGUGAUUCUUCAAUCAGUAGCUCCGCCUCCGAAAUAGAGUAUUAUGACGAUUCAGACGAACUCGACUCCGAAGAUGAAGACGCGAUUGCAGCACGAGCAACGGCCCUCGAGCAACACUUUAACUGCUCCAGAAAACAACAAAUUUUUGCUUGCCCUGAUGAUUGGGUAACUGCAUUACAGGCUAUGAUUCGUCGACACCUUGCAAUAAAAAAAAUGGACGGCAUGCAUCAAUUCCAGUUGGUGGAAAAUCAACGCAUAGAAAAUUUGAGAAUUGAAGGCAAAUCCAGUGCACAGUACCAUGAAAGUGCUUAUCAAAAAUUGAAAUCGGAUAAAAACCCUUCCAUUGGAGUUGUUAAGAGUGUCCUUCACAUGCUGAGCAACAACGAUGUAGAUUUUAACGAGGAUUUAAUCAUAGAAGAUCUCCGACAGAAGGUUAUUGAAUCAAUUAGAGAAAAUAAUCAUUUGGAUAGUCAAGUGAGCAUGAUUGAUAUUCAAAUCGCAUUGCUCUUGAAAAAUGUCGUAACAUUGGAUGAAGUAGUUAAACUCAGUAAUGCAUUUUUCAAUCCCAACAGAAGAAAGCAACAGCAACAGAGAUUUUCUCAACUGAUGUCAUCGAACCCUUCCAAUAGUCCUUAUGAUUUGCGUGGUGUAGACAAAGGAAAUCGUGACAAAUUAGAAUUGUACCAACAGCUCGUAUUUCUGCUGCAAACAGAACCUGUAUAUCUGGCAAGAUUAAUGUCGAUCACAGGUGGUCAAGUUUAUGGUGAAAAGAAAGGUCAGCGCAAAAUUGAUGCUACGGUGUUAGCCCUGUUCGGUUAUGGUACCAACGCCCGCGAAGAAUGUCUAUUAAUCAACUUGUGCAGAGCAUGUAUUGUACAAGAAAUGAAGCGCGUCAAAGACCCUCAAGAAUUUAUGCGUGGAAACUAUACAUUUAUGAAACUGGUCGUUCAAGUGAAUCGUGGUGCCAAGGAAAGACAGUUUUUCACAUCCCUUUUUGAGGCGUUAAUCAAAAAAGUGAUUGAAAAUAAUGAGUUGGAUUUGGAGACAAACCCAGUUGUUAUUUAUCAGAAAUUUGUCGGUCAAGAAGAAUCUCGCACGGGCAAUCCUUCGGACAAACCUUUUCAUAUUAAUCACUCUCAAGCAUUGCAAGUACCCGAGGACUUUCUAAGUGCUAUCAUUAAAACAGUAGAUUCAAUGCCCUAUGGUAUGCGUGUUAUUGCAAGAGAGCUUCGACUUGUGAUGGAGGAAAAUUUCCCGGAUGAAGCCUCAGAAGAGAUCAUUAAAUUCUGGGAAAUUUUUCCCGCUAUCACUGCCCCUGAGCAAUAUGUUUCUCUUAAUCACGAAGUAUCUUCAGUCCAAAGAAAAAAUUUGGCAGAGGUGUCCAAAAUGCUGCAACAAAUCUCCAUCGGCAAAGACUUUGACACGCGCAAUGUUGAACUGAGUGCUUUAAACAGUUACAUAAGGUCAUCCAAUCAAAGAUUUACCCAAUGGUUUAUGGAUCGUAAUUAUGAUGUGGAAGAACCUGAGCAGCAUUUUGGCUUGGAUCAACUAUCGGAUUAUAAAACACAAAAGCCAACCAUAUACGUGCAUCCUACUGAACUUUAUCAUAUUCAUCAGCUUUUGGAAGAAAAUAUAGAUUCAUUGGAACGCCAAAAAACUGGUAUUCUUCAUAAUAUUUUAGGCGACUUGGGGGAGGCUCCUGUCGAUGUCAACAUGAGCGUUCCUUUACAUGUUCUUCGACUUGAACUGAGUGAUCGUAGAGAUGGUAUCCCAAAUGAAGCAGUACAAUCCGGACCAUCACUAGAAGCUAUCUUUGAAGAUCCUGUUACAGAUGAACAUGAAUCUAUUUGGGAGAUCGUGCGUGAGCAACAAUUCCCCUCUGAAGGUACUGAAAAGGAAAUUGAAAUGGCUAUUCGUGAAAGAAACUUUAAAUUCGGUUAUCAAAAUGCUGCUAUGGAUGUGAAAAGUCUAAGCUUUGCAAAAUUAAAAUCAUUUGCAAGUAAGUUACACGCUUAUUUGUUGCAACACAGUGUUAUUCCACCUAGUCCCGGAUACCAAAGCAUCAUCAAUAUGAUUGCUGUUGAUAUCACAAAGAAAGGAGAACGAAGAAAGUUACGUAAUGCUGAAAUCAAGAAAUUGCAAAACAUAUUGCUGCAUUUAGAUGAAAAACGACAGUUUUUGAUUGGUCAAGCUAACAGCUAUAAGAAGUAUUUGGAUGGGUGUAUGAAUAACAUGGCUGAACGUAGAGGAAAGAAACAGAAAUUCGUCUUUCCAUUUACCAAACAGUAUUUCCAUAUGAAGUACUUGAAAAGUCAUGGACUUGUUCCCAAAUUUGGAUCCUUCAAGUAUUCUGCAAAAACUUUAUAUGAUCGUGGUAUCAUUCUAGAUCUAUCUGGUGUUUCUAAGAAGUUGUAUGCUCGCAUUACUUUAAUUUUAUCGAUGGAUCGUGCCGGCAUCAUUACCUUUGAAGGGUAUUUUCCUCUUAUGAAUACGCAAGAAUUACGUGUUGAUGUACAAUAUGAAGAACUUUUGCAGACGCAGUACGAAUGUGUCCAGACAAUGAAAGUGCUGGAUGGCAUGGCUACUGUUAACGUUAAUCUUCUCAUUUAUUUGAUCAACAAAAGUAAGUUAUUGUAACAUAUAUCUAAUGGAAUUCUCUUACAGAUUUUAUCAUACGGCAUAAAAACUUUGUGUAUACCCUCUCAUAUUUUUUUUUUUUUUUUUUUGAUUAGAUAUUGUACCAUCGUUUUAUCUUUAUCAAUAGACAAUAGAUCUUCCAUAAAUAGAUAGAUACAAACAUGGCUUCUUAAGGUAAGUCUAAGCUAGCAUUACACAGGUAUGAUAUUUUAUACAAAUGAUUACAGCAUACUUCACAAAAGAAAUUCUAUCAACAUUUGAAUUCCACGAUGUUUUUCUCUUACAGAAUCGAGCUAGCCAACCU